AUGCGAGAGAAAUUCUACCCUUUGCACGUGAGAAAAGAUAAGUCAAACGAGUUCGCUCGUUUGGAAAUGGGAGACAUGAUUGUUGAUGAAUAUUAUCAUAAAUUUAUGGAAUAUAUUAACUACUGUCCUGAUGAUGUUCCCACUGAGGAGAAAAAGAUGCAGCGCUUUGAAUUGGGUUUAUCAUUUGACAUUCAAAAACAUAUUGAGAGCGUCCGGAAUAUUUUGAGGAAGGAGAAAGAAAAAGAAAAGUGUAAUGUCCCUGAGAAGAGGAAAGAGGGAAGCGGGUCUAGUACAAAUUCUGGGUUUAGGGGAGACGCGAAGACUGCUAAGCCACUACUGGACCGAGAUGACAAUGAAAGGAAGUAUUUCUAUAGGAGAUGCAAGAGAAAUAUCCGGGAAAAGAUUGCGAUUAGGAAUUUGGUUGAGUGUAAUUUUUGCCACAAAAGGGGACAUAGGGAGUAUGAAUGCUACAUUAAGAAAGGGAGUGGAAGUCAACAGCCGGGUGGGCAACACCGGCUGCAGAAUUUAAACAACUCCGGAAGGCAAGUCAAUCUGCAAUACGAAAAUGGUAAUCAUGGUAAUGCUGCUCAGAGGUUUCAGCGACCUAUUAAUGGAGGACAAAACCGGGUCGAAGAAUCAAGAAUGCCAAACCGUGGAGCUGUUAAUGUAUUAUUUGAUUCGGGAGCAACUUGUUCUUUUCUUGCAAAGAGUAGAGUAGAAAAAUUGAAUCUAGGGACAUUUGAGGAAGUUUCUUAUACGGUGUCUGUUCCUUCGGGAAUGUUGUACAAUUGUAAUAGAUUGUAUAAGGAAGUACCCUUGAGGAUAGGGAAAGUCAUCAUUCCUAGCAACUUGUAUGUGUUAGAAAUGAAGGGUUUGGAAGUACUUUUGGGGAUGGAUUGGUUAAAAAAAUAUAAAGCCACUAUUGAAUGUAGGGAGCAAAGAGUGUCGCUAGAACGACCACGAGGGGAAAUGGUUAAAUAUAGGAAAUUUCCAAAAGAGCCCAAAACGAAUUUAGUGUCGACCCUGAAAUUGCAAAGGCUUGUGAGGCAAGGACACACUCUGUACUUAUGCCACAUCAUCCAGGAAGGGAAGAUAGAGGAAGAUCCUAAGAAUAUCGCCGUAGUGAAAAAAUUCCUAGGUGUUAUUCCUGAUAAGGUUCCGGGGUAUGCCGCCUCAACGAGAAAUUGGCUUUACAAUAGAUUUGGUGCCGGGAACGGGACCGAUUUCUAA